AUGUCCACUUCACCGUACAAUACUGAUGCCGCCGGCCUUGGGUUCGACCAUAAUCAAGGCCCACCAAGGAAGAAGAUGCGAAAGGGAACGAAGAGUUGUUUGGAGUGUCGGAGGAGAAAGAUCAAAUGCAACUUCGAACCUGGGAGGCCUGCCAUAUGCAACGAGUGCUACGCUAGAGGGUCGACCUGUAUUGAUCAAGAGCACGGGGAUAUCCACGCAUACACGCAGUCCACUUCGGAGCAGUCAUCGUACAGUUUGAGGGAAAGAGUGUCUCAGCUCGAAGACCUCGUCAAACAGGUGCUGAACCGAUUACCGGAGAAGGAUACCAGUGCCCAUGGUGACAGUUCCGCUUCGGAAUCAGAUAAAAGCCAGCUCGAUGCGCAGGCGGCGGAGGUCUUGAAAAGUCUCAAGAGCUCUUUGCGACAGGGAAAUGCUAGCACCGAAGAGUCCAUCGUUCUCCCAGGCGGCAUGCGAGAUGACGCCCCGGCCUUGACCCUAUUCGAUAAUGCCGUCAUUGAGAGAAAAGAGAGCCAGCCCGUGGUGUCACGAGCCCAAUACAAUAAAACCAAAACACUUCUGGCAGCCUUGAAUAAAUUACUUCCGUCCGCGAGUGACCUGGAAGUUAUUCUAGAACAAUCCCACGAAUGGUGGACGAUAUGGAGAAAGAUGUUCCCCGAAAUUACCGAUAGUCGAUGUGAAACCAUCAAAGAAUCUGUUUCGCACUCUUUGCGAUCGGAGAAACCGGCCGAAUUGGCCAAGAUCAUGCUUUGUAUCGCUAUUAGUAUUCACCAACUCCCGGGCCAUUUCAAUUGGUCGCGACUUCAAAUCAAAGAGGAGCCCGCUGAUCUGAUGGAACGAUAUAUUGCUACAGUCGACAAGUUGAUCACUUCAGAUGAUGAGAUCGCGGCCACCCUUGAUGGCAUUGAGUGCAUGAUGCUCGAAGCCAAGUAUCAUGUCAAUAUGGGGCGGCCUCGACGCGCGUGGCUACUAUUUCACCGCGCGCUCGCCUUCGCCCAGUUAUUGGGCAUUCACCGAUUAGCAGCCCAGACGGACAAGACGUCCCUGGAUUAUCAGCGUUCGGUCAAUAUCUGGUGUCAUCUUGUGUUGGGUGACAGAUAUCUAUCUCUGCUGCUAGGUCUGCCAUAUUCUGUCGGUGAAAGCUUUGUCACUCCCUACAUCCCUGUGUCCGGACCUCGACCGGCGCUGGUCAACGAUGGCGAACACUACGUAGGGAAAAUGCUCCCUAUAAUCACCAAGAUGAUCGAUCGAAACCAGAGUGUAGUCCCCAUGGGCUACUCCGCGACCUUAAGGCUUGAUCAAGAACUGGAGGAACUGCACAGCACUCAGGAUCCUAGUUGGUGGGCAACGGACCUCAUCCCUGGUAGUGCGGUUGAAGAUCAUUUCGAUCGGUUACAGGCGCAAUUUUUCCAUCACCAAGCAAAAGUCAUGCUGCAUAUGCCGUUCAUGCUCCGGUCGUCUACCGACAAGAGGUAUCAGUACUCUCACGCCGCCGCCUUGGACGGUGCACGAGAAAUGAUUCGAGUCUACAAGGCCCUACGAACUAACAAGGCCGUGGGUCCCUUCAUCUGCAAGUUGAUUGAUUUCCAGUCUUUUACUGGAGCCAUGCUUUUGUUGUUGAACUUGUGUGGCUACUCACAACAACAUCGUGGCAACAACGCCCAACAGAUGGAUCUGGAGCAAGACCAGAAGGACUCAGACCUCAUCGAUGAAACAAUCGCUCUACUGAAAGACGCAGCGAAAGAACCCGGAGGUGUCGUCGCAGCACAAAGCGCUCAGGCACUAGAAAUGCUCGCCCGUGUCCGCCAGGGCUGCGAUGAUGAUGGUGCCAAAGAAUGUAAGGGCGAGACCUGUCAAGUCUCAAUCCCCUAUUUUGGCACUAUCUCCAUUGGAACAGGCAAGCAUUUCGUCCCCAUCAAACCAGGCACAUAUGUGCAGCGCACGCAGGAGGCGCCCGCAAACACGAUAAUCGCCGCGGGCGGUGUAUCCGCCAACACAGGGUUGCCAACCCCACCGUCAGUAGCUUCAAAUAGCACCCAGCCGUCACCCUUGUCGACAACAAUCGACCGACAGGCAGCGCAAUACCCUCAAGCCCGUCAGCCGCCCAUUUUCGAUUCGACGAACUACAUCGCGCCAGGACUUGAUCAAGCCUGGCCCGACACAGGCGAUGACCCAUUCAUUACAUUUGAUUCCUUCAUGGCCUUUCCACCCCAACCACCCACCGAUUUUCCCUCGGCAGGAGGCGUAAGCAUUUCUUCGGCCGGAUCGGGUUUCACCCCGCAACCAUCACAUCCUCUACAGGGCCAGAGUAGUCCGUACAACAACUCUGGGACGACGCCGCAAAACGACCUCAAUGCCUCAGUGGCUGCGGGUGGAUUGGGCUCCAUCGUGACUCCUGGGUUCCCAUUCGGUAGUUUCCCGUUCGGACAGAGCGGGGUGGAUCUGGAUCAGGGGUGGAAUUGGUUUGGGGUGGACGCGCCUGUCAUCCCAUGA